AUGCAGCCGUCGCUCCAGCAGCCGCAGCCGCAGCCGCGGCCCGGCCCGACCCAGCGCGCGCUCCUCCCCCGCUCUGCUCUCGGCGCUGCCGCCGUUGCUGCUGUUGCAAGAUUGACGGCGCAGGCAGCCAUAGCCGCAGCACACGAGGCGAGCCGACCAGCACAAAGCACCGCACCAGAGCCGAACUCGCUUUGCAUGCCUGCCGGAAUCUUAGAGCAGCAAGGGGCGGCGCUGAAGCGGCCGAGACAAAAUUUAGUGGUCCUUGUUAGCCAGCUCAACGCCACCGAGUCCGCGGAGAGUUCAGUGGACAUCGUCUUCGAGCGAGCAGUAGAUCUCCUAGACACCGAAAUAAACAAAGAAAAGAUGCGCGAGUACGUGGAGGAGAACGAGAAGAGUGACCCGCUGAUCCACGCGCCGGACAAGAAGAACAACCCGUGGGCCGAGAAGGGCAAGUGCGUCAUCAUGUAG